AUGGUUGUCGACAAGGAUAACGAAUUUCUUAGUUUUGCUCCCUUACUGGACCAGAGUUCCGGUCUUGAUGAUUCCAAUGAGGACGAGAAGCUGCCUCUGCCUCAGUUAUUGGCCAAGAUCAUUGCACAGCGAGGGUCCUUUUUGGACAUUUCCGAGGACAAGUUGAGGGAGGAAAUCGAAAAUGAGCAAUUGUCGAAAGACACGGCGUCGGAUCAAGACGACGUCGAAAUGGAGAACGAACCGUCAUUCACUCAGGAACAGUUCAGAUCGUACGAAGACUUCUUGAAAGUUAAACAAGAAAUUAUCAACUCUGUCCAUUCUGCUUUGAACGAGUCGUCUUUGUCUUUGGACUUCGUUUCUCUUUUGAUUUCCUGUGUUCGUCCAGCAGCAGGCUCGUCAUCCAUGUCUCCUCAUCUGAAACAACACAUCAAUAUAGGCUCACUGUCAAGCGACAAGGUUGACCCUCCUGAAGAUACUGAAAAAUUGCAGUUUGACACCUCAAAAGUCGGUCGAGGUUGGAAACUAGAGAGCUUGGAGCGCGCAGCAACAAAUCUAAAGUCUUCCAGCUCGAGACUCAAAGAAGAGGUGGCAAAAGAGAAGAAUUUCUGGUCAGGAAUGGUGGAGGUGCUGAAGUCAAACGAGGUGAUCACAAGCAUGAAUAUAAAAAAUACCAAAGAGGUAUGUGUCAAGUACGGGUAUGGAGAUGCCGGAUCGACAUACUACGAUAAGGGAAUAGGGAUUCUGAAAAAAGACGCAACCACGGGUAAUUUGUUUUUCGAGAAUUCUGCUCCAGUUAAAGAAGAAAAACAAGACAAGAUAGUCAACGUCCGGAUGUAUGAAAAAACCGGAGAGAACAUUAAAUUAAUCGGCGAGUCCAACGUUGAACAGAGACUACACACGUUCAAAGAGAAGGAAGGCGUGAUAAACGAGAUCGCAAAGGCAAGAUUUUUUUUGUUUGAAGAAGAGCUCUUUUAUCAAUUGCUCCGAGAAGCUGCAACUCUGAUAUCUCUCCAGGUGUCUGCAGAGGAAGAUAAGAUUGUGAUAGAUUUACACGACGAGCUCAUAGAGAUCACACAGGUUGUGCCUGAAGAAGUACGUGCUCCUGCAGACCUUCCAUCAAAUGAAAGAGCAGAUCUCAUCCAGAUAUACUUACGCUUGAUGCUCUAUGCAGAGCACAAACACAAUUUGGACCGGCGAAAAAUACCUCCUUUAGCGUUGGACACAGAAGCCCAGAGCGCACCACAGACAUCUUCCUUGUCGCUAAUUCGCCCAAUCAUCGUUUACAAUCGCCACGAGCGCACAUUGCAAUCUGUGCGCGACGUUCUCGAAUCUAUCAUUUUGAGCCACUUUGAGAACGACAGAACGAGAACUAAAGAGCAUCUAGCAGAGCAUCUGAAAAUAAACAGGCAUUGCAACGAAUCAUCUUCACGCUCGAAGGACCCUUUUGCACGCAUCAGCACGCCCCCAGCUUCGGUUUUGGAGCUCGUUGCAGACCCGCUGGUUGUGAAAGUCAAGCUGACUUCGCUAUUUGCAUCUGCUUAUUCGGUAAUGAACCUCACAUUGCAAAACCAGGCCGGCUCCACAGUCCUGGACGUGACUCUUAACGAUGUCAGAGAGCUGGAAGACUGUUUGAAUUGGGCAAUACGCAACCACGAUUCCAUAUAA